AUGUCCUCUAACCCAAGUCCCGAUUCCUCGCCGCCCACCAGGAAGUUCGGAAAGCAGAUCCAAAGGCGCCAGCUCGACCUUCCCGAAUAUGCUGUUAGUUUUCUCAACUACAAGGCGCUUAAGAAGCUCAUCAAACAACUAAGCGCGACGCCCACUAUCCCCGCCCAGAGUUCCUCAGCGGAUCCCGUCCCGGAGAUUGUCGACCCCCAGGCUGCUCUUCGUGCGAAUAAGGACGUCUUCUUCUUCCGUGUGGAACGAGAAAUUGAGAAAGUGAACGUUUUUUAUCUUCAAAAGGAAGCAGAGUUCACGCUACGCCUCAAAACGCUUCUCGAUAAAAAGCGGCUGAUACAGUCGAAAAAAUGGGUUACCAAUUCAAAGGCUCCGGCAAACUUUGUCACCCUCUUCGAAGGUCUUCAGCAAUUUGAUGGAGACCUGAACAAACUUCAACAAUUCGUCGAGGUCAACGAAACAGCCGUUUCCAAAAUUUUGAAAAAGUGGGAUAAAACUUCAAAGUCACGCACAAAAGAGCUUUAUCUUCAUCGCGCCGUCGAAGUACAGCCGUGCUUUAAUCGGGAGGUUCUGCGCGACCUCUCUGACCGUGCGACGACCGCAAGGUUAGAGCUUGAGGCUUGGGCGGAAGGCGAAAACAUUCAGUUCGAUGCGUCGCGUCUGGCUGAUCGCGUUGUUGCUGAGGAGGACGAUUCUGACUUACAGAUCUUACAAACCACCACUGCUGGCAAUUUCCAAACGCUGCGGGAAUGGGUGGCGAAACUGCAAUCAUCGCCAGACGGGGCCGAUCGACUCACACGUAUGUUCCUUGCUGCAAUAAAUGAGUAUCCCGACGAGGUUCUCGCCCUUCUUCUUGACACCGGUUUGGUGGACGUGAAUGCAGAAGAUGAUAUCAAUGAACGCAACUGCCUCCACGAAGCGGCAAUAUCGGGACGUCUAUUUGUUCUCCAGGCGGGGCUGGAGCAUGGGGUUGAUGUUGCGCAAUCAGAUGUUUACGGGAGAAUUCCUCUCCACUAUGCUUGUAUGCAUGGUAGAGUGGAGAUGGUCAAACCCCUCCUCAAUGCAGGGAUUUCAACUAUUGACAUGAUGGACCACGAUAACUUCACCCCGCUGAUUCACAGCAUCAUCCGGGACCAGCUUCCCUGUGUGGAACAACUUCUUUUCCAUAACGCUCGCAUAAAUCCAACAUCCGAGUCAGACCACAUCCCGCUGAAUCUGGCCUGCCAGCACGCGUCUCUACCACUCAUCAACCUCCUUCUGGAGAGGAAUGCUGAAUUGCUCCCCGAUGCAGAGGGCCUGUAUCCACAGCAUCUUGUUGCGCGAUCAUGUAGAGGCUCGGAAGCUCUCCUUGUACUUAAGAGCCAUGGGGCUGAUCUCGACCAAAAGGACAAGCUUUACCAAUGGACCCCGAUAUUCCAUGCUGCAAGCGAGGGGUGUGUUGGUUGUUUGAGAACGUUGCUAGAAUGCGGUGUAAAUGCCGAUGCCUUGGAUGAAAAAGGAUUGUCUGCUAUGUACUAUGCUGCAUGGGAAGGCCAUCUAGAAUGCAUGAUAUUGCUCUGGGCAAGACGGCCAGGUACAAAACCACCACGAACACCGCUUGAUAUUCUUAACAGCCCCAGGUUUCGGGAUUCGGGCUCUAUGACCUCCCCUCUCCUGACCGAGAAGUCAGGAGGGCCUAAGGCGGGAGCAGACGGUAGUGACGGUAUUCCUCUUCUAUCUCUACCACCCCCUAUUAUUCCGCUACGACGAUACGGCCAUAAUUUCCUUGACACCAAAACAUUUAUCCAAAUAUAUUUUGAACAAACGCCGUCUUUUGAACCCAUUGUGUUCUACCAGGCUGGCCGUUACGCUGCUGCACGAUUAACGAUUUCCUCGAAAACAUCGGAUCUUAUACCCCGCAACGUGAUACUUCCUAUUCAGGAUGACUCUCGACUUGUCUCGUUCCAGAUCGACCGUUUAGAUACGUUUGCUCUAGAGUUUGAAAUUUUCCCUACUUUUGGAUCCAAAGCCAUUGGCAAAACUGUUGCGUUACCUCAUGUAUUUAUAGGCGCGACAUCAUCAUCAUCAGAAGGAGCAUGUGCGUUACCUCUUUUCGAUCCCAGGCUACGAGCAAUCGGCGAGAUCCGCUUCAAGUUCCAGGCCAUCAAGCCGUACCACGGUGAUCCGCUCGAGAUCACACAUUUCGCAACUUACUGGAAGGCAACAAGUGCCCUUGAUUCAGAUCAUAAUGGAUUAGUGACCGGCUCGAGUUUAUCAGGGGACUACGUCCAACUUUUCGUUCAGUUGACCAGGGACGGCGUACCUGUUCUCUACCCGGAGUUUACCGUUAACCAUCACGGUAUCGACAUCCCGAUCUGUCGUCUAUCUUUCCAACAAUUCCGCUCGAUUCAUGCCGAAUACCUGUCUCAAACCAGCGCCAGAGAGGCCACUCUGCUUAAGUCGCUUGAAGACAUGACAGUCGAUGACAUGGCGCAAGCGCAUAGAUUACUCGCAAUAUCAUUCCUCUCCCUCAAAGAGGUUCUCGCGCACCUCCCCACAAAUAUCCACGUUGACCUAUGCAUUCUAUUCCCCACGCCAACUGAAGAGGAAAAACUAGGUCUCGGCCCACUAGCGGAUAUAAACACUGUCGCCGAUGCAAUUCUCACAGACGUCUUCGCCCAUGCCAGAGCGUCCAAGGAGACGAACCCAGAUUUCAUGCGCUCGGUCGUAUUCACCUCGUAUAAUCCUAAUAUUUGCAUUGCGUUGAAUUGGAAACAACCAAACUACCCAGUCCUUCUUUGCAACGACCUAGGCCAGAUCCGCGACCUGACACAGGACGUCAGCUCCCUACCUGUCGUCCGCAGCAGUGGGCGCACGUCGAUGUCCAUCAAGGAAUCCGCGCGGAUUGCACAGAGCAAUAACUUCAUGGGGUUGAUGUGUCGUUCGAGUUUGCUAAAUGUUAUGCCCUCCCUUGUCGAAUCGAUCAAGGAACUGGGUCUUGUCCUUGUCGCGGAUACUUCUGAUGAGAUAUUGGAUAAGACCCGUUUCGGUGUCAGUAGUGGCCGAUUGGGCGAUCAUGAUCGUGACUAUGAACAAAGUGGAGCUGGCGUUGGCGUUGGCGUCGGAGUUGGAGUUGGAGUCGGCGUGUCUGCGGAAUGGGCGUAUAAAAUGCCCGAGGGCGUGAAUGGGGUUAUGAGAAGGAAUGGUGUUUUGCGAUUUAAUGAUACGAUUGAUAUGUGAUCUAUUUCUUUGAGUUUAGAUUGAACGGAUAUAUCUAUCAAUUUAACACUC